AAACAAACGGAACUUAUUAUUUUAUAGUAAGGAGAUAAUUGAAUAUAAACAAAUAAAGAAUUCUAACAGAAAUAGACGGUUAUUCCUUGAACUAUUCUAUAACGAUGGAUACUUCAACAAAUGAACUGAUCAAUGUACUGAAAUAUGAUCAUUUAUUGAUUAUAUCAACAUAUACAAGAACAUCAAUAUGCGUUGCUACAGAGAUCGGACUUUGGAAUCUCGACGUAGCUAUUACUGUUCAGCUUGUUGCUUUUGUAAUUAAUUGGACAAUCUUUACAUCCGCUUUAUUAAUUGGGGCAUCAAUUGAAACAAGUUUAAUGGACUCUUUCAAAGUUCUAUUGAUAAUCCUUUCAGUUAUUUCAGCUUUAAUCAUUCCACCUAUGGUUAUCGUCUAUUUCUUUCAACAAAAUGUAAAGGUAGUGAUAAUUCUGUUCAAAUGUGCAGAAAUAUUACUAUUUAUUAUGAUAAUAUUUUACAGUCAUUUCACUGUUGGAACAUUACGAUAUCGAUUAUUUUAUCCAAAUUAUACUUUGGCAGCAUUAUUAUUGUAUAUUAUGUUUUCAACAGCUUUACCAAUCACUGAUGAUCUGGUUUAUACCAUGAGGAAUAAUUGGAAUGUAACAAAAUUCAACUGGAUUUUUACUUGAUAAUGAUACAAUCUUAUAGUUUCAUUUCAUUAUAGACUAUAAAACUUGGUUCCAUAUUGACUGUCUUAAAUAUAUGAUAAUACAUAUUAUUCAAGUAAAGUUAUUGUAUAAGAUCAAAGACUUUGAG